AUGUCUAGUAGGAAUAAUAUGGAUUCUCUUCUUAUUGGUUCUUUGUUCAGAAAUAUGAUAUUUAUGGAAUCCGAAGAUAAUCGUAGCUUAGGUAACAACAAAGAUAGUUAUCCAAAUGGUAAGCAAAAUGGUGCAAGUAAGGAAAAUAGUACAGCUGAGGCUCAUAAUACAACUAUGGAAGGCCGGAACACCGAUUUAUCUGAAGAGAGUGACUUUGACGACAAAAUUGCAGAUCCUGAUUUUCAAAAUGAUGAAGCCUCAUAUCCAGAAAGUACCGAUGAUUCAUCAGACAGCAGUGCAAAUACGGGACACGAUUCUAACAACGAAAAUUAUACUCAACAAUUCAUAUUUCUCACUUUGGAUGAAAGCACUGAUCAAACCCAUGUUAGUCAGCUGUUAAUAUUUGUGCGCACUACUUUUGAUGAUUUUACCAGUAAAGAGGAGUUAUUUGAUAUUUGUCCUCUUUAUGGAACAACAAAAGGAAAAGACAUCUAUGAGGCUGUGAAGAAAACAGUUGACAGAAUUGGAGGCUUUGAUAAAUGUUCAGCCAUAGCAACAGACGGGGCCCCAUCAAUGACAGGUAAAAAAAUUGGAUUAGUGGGUCUGCUUCGAGAGAAUGGUGUCACUUGCCCAAUAAUUCAUUGUAUUAUACAUCAGGAAGCUUUAUGUGGAAAAUCAGUCAAGGAAGAUCAAGUUUUCCAAACCGUGAUUAAGAUUGUAAAUAUGAUUAGAGGUGGAAAUCGAUCUCUUUUACACAGGCAACUUAAGCAGUUUUUAGUGGAAACAGAGGCUGAGUAUGGAGACUUGCUAAUGUACAACCAUGUGAGGUGGCUGAGUGCAGGAAAGUGCAUGGAACGAUUUUUUGCCAUAAGAAAGGAAAUCCCUGCAUUCCUCAACAAAUACGUUUCAUCUGACACAACUGAACUGGAAGAGGAGUUUAAGGAUCCAGAAUUCUUAAGACAGUUAGCUUUUAUAACAGAUCUGACUAAUCAUCUUAACAUGUUAAACUUGAGUCUUCAAGGAAGAAACCAGACGGUUUCAGAUUUGAUCGGAAUGAUAAACGGAUUCCGGAAUACGCUGAACGUGUUUAAACGUGCUUUGGAAAAGAACAACCUGACACACUUCCCUAGCUGUCUGCAAAUAGCAGAAGAAUUCAACGGUGAGCAAUUCACAAAUUGAACAAGUUAUUGAUGAAUUCAAUACAAGAUUUGAAGAAAUUGAAAGUCUCAAAAGCAGUGUACUACUUUAUAAUAACCCUCUUGGAGCAACCAUUGAUGAUCAACCAUCCAACUUACAGCUUGAG